UCUUUCCUUCGUAAUCUCAUGUAGCAGUGUUAAGAAGAUAACAGAAUAGUCUGCCACAAACUCAAGAAUGUACCGCACCACUACAGAUAGUAAUAUGGAAGAAGAUAUGUCUACAUCCACUUUAGAUGAUCACAAAGGUUGCAGUCCAUUGGAUCAGGUUUCUUCUGGUUUAUUAAAUGAGUCUUUACCCCAAAAUACUGGAAAACAAGAACCCAGUUCCCAAAACACAUCAAGCCAAAAUUCUGAAGUGAACACACCAUCUUCUCCAUUCUCUGGUCUGGAAGGCAUCCAAAUCUCAAACCUUACAGGUCCUUUUGAGGAUUCUGUUGACCUUGGAAAUUAUGCAUCUGGAGAGUGCAAUAAUUUGAAUGGUCAGAAUGGAAUUGCUUUGGUAAAUAAUGGCUCCUCUCAGCCAGAUAGCAAUGAUGGAGAGGAAGAUGAUGAAGACAGAGAUUUGGCAAGUGAAAUGGCAAGUUUAUUUCAGCAAACCCUAGAUAGAAUACUUUCUAAGUUAGUAGAGGAGACUAUGAUUUUUUCUGAGUUAAAGUCCAGUUUAUUCACUCUCUGCCACGGUGUUCCUGGAGGAAGUUAUGAAGAAAUAGAACCAAUGCCUUUAAUGAGAGAUUCUGGCACAGAUCCAGGCCUGGCAUGUCUAGACAACAAGACAUCUAAAUCUUCUGCUGAUCAUCAAGCUAUACAGAAUAUAUCAAGUAAACCAAGUGGUCCCAAUCACGAAACACAGGAGGUGCAGCAAAUUGUGGAGAGUCCUGUGGAAAAUCUGCAGUCGUCUGAGGUUGAACUCUUUCUUCCACCAGCUGCCAAGGAAACCAUAGAUUGUUUGCCACAUGUUGUCAUCGCAAAUAAUGGUCAAGAGCAGUGUUGUGCUAUCUGUUGCAAAGGAUAUGUGGAAGGUGAAAUUGUAACGGAGCUCCCCUGUCAUCAUAUGUUUCACAAAAUUUGUAUAAUUCAUUUCUUACAGAAGGUGGAUACGUGCCCAGUUUUUCGUGUUGUGCUCGCACCUGUGCUUCCUGAAGCUGCUGCUGCUGUUCCCUCUCCAUCUGAUCCUAGCUCAGCAUCUUCUGUUCACGGUGCCACAGGAGCUUCAAACUGAAAUUAAUCUUUGCCACCAAAGUAAAAAUGUAGAUUUCACCUGUUUAAUUACAAUGCAGAAAUAAUGAUGUAUAAAAUAUAAUCUGUAAAAUACUGUCUAUAUUUAGUUUAGAAAGGAUUCAGGACUUUCUAAACUCUUUAGAUUUACAAUAAUACUUUGAAAAUUUCAGUGGAGAGGCAUGUGCAGCCUUUCUUGAUAGAAUUUUUCUGGUAACUGUAAUGUCUAAAGCUUGUAUUAUGAUAUAUUUUUCCCAAAAAAUAAUUGUGGCACUUUGUUCAAGUUCCUGCUGCUUGUAAGUUAUGCUUAUCAAGUUGAAGAAAUAAACUGAACUAUUUGUUUCUA